UUGGCAUCUGUCCUCGACUCUUUUCUGCUCCCUUUCAACCCCCUAUAUCGCCCAGGUCCUAGGUGUUUCAAGUCAACCACUGUCUGGUGCUCAUUCGUCUAGCCCAACAGUCCACCAGGUGGAGUACUUGCGAUUAGCUAGAAUCUAUGAUCCCCUUCGGUGCUCCCACUCUUUAAUUAUCCUUGUCUUGCCUCUGCAUGUCUCAAACUGCUUUCCCCCUUGUUACGGACUAUUUUUCGUGUGUUAGUUAAUAUUUGCAUUCGCUCGCAUGUCAACUGGGGUACACGCUCGUUCUCGUGUUGGAAUUUGGUCAUAUUUGCCUUUUGGCUCGAAUCCUCGGCGUCGAUCCGUCUCCCUCCCAGCAAAAUCUAUCCGCGAUCCAUUUGAAAAGCCGGGCAGGCAUUCUGGAGAUCCUCAGCGCAGCUUCAAGAAAUUUAGUUUCCGGGAUACAUUCACAGUUGCUACGAUGACGCAAAGCCAGCGAACGAGGUAUAUUAAGACAGGGGGGAUAAUUGCUAUCUUAUUAUUGUUUCUCUACGUACUCCUCCCAGGCGGUCAAUCGUCCCCGGGCUCGAUCAAGGCCCCCGUAUCUGCCUCAAAAUGCACGAAGCCACAUGACUCCUCGAAGCCCUUGAUUCAAUAUGCGUUGAUGAUUGAUGCUGGAAGCACUGGCUCUCGAAUCCACGUGUACCGUUUCAACAAUUGCGGGCCCACGCCUGAACUCGAACAUGAGGAUUUCAAGAUGACAGAGAAGAGGAAGGGCGGUGCUGGACUAAGCUCCUACGCUGAGGAUCCUGAGGCAGCCGCAAGAAGCUUGGAUCCUCUGAUGGAACUUGCCCUGAAUUCAGUGCCGGAGGAAUACCAAUCGUGCUCUCCAGUGGCAGUAAAGGCCACAGCGGGCUUGAGAUUCCUGGGUCAGGAAACCAGCGAUAGAAUUUUAGAUGCGGUGAGAACUCGCUUGGAAACUGUUUAUCCAUUCCCUGUCGUCUCAAAGGAAAAGGGCGGUGUUGAAAUCAUGGAUGGUAAAUAUGAAGGAGUAUACGCCUGGAUCACCACCAACUACCUGCUUGGAAAUAUCGGUACCAAGGAGCGCCUCCCUACUGCCGCAGUUUUCGAUCUUGGAGGAGGUUCAACCCAAAUUGUUUUCGAGCCCACGUUCAACAGUGUAGGUGGAGCAACGGAGAAAUUGGCUGAAGGUGACCAUAAAUUCUCCUUGGAUUUUGGAGGCCGGAACUUCGACCUAUACCAGCACUCCCACCUUGGCUACGGGCUCAUGAAAGCAAGAGACACCAUCCACAAAGCGAUUGUGGAGACCAAACACCAAUCUAGCCCAUCUGACCAACAAUGGCUCUCCAAGCCAUUAGUCAACCCAUGCCUGAGCGCUGGAACGUCGCUCACCGUGAACGUAACAAUGGGGGAUGGACAUCCACUCGGUGAGGUUGUUGAAGUCAAGAUGACCGGCCCGCAAGACAUAUCCUCUGCCGCCCAAUGCCGAGGAAUCGCGGACAAGAUUCUCAAGAAGGAUGCAGAGUGCAAGUUGGCCCCCUGUUCCUUUAACGGCGCCCAUCAACCCCAGCUCCAAAAGACUUUUGCAAACGAGGACCUGUUCAUCAUGUCAUAUUUCUAUGACCGCACAGCUCCGCUCGGUAUGCCGGAGUCGUUUACUCUCCGCGACUUGCAGGAUUUGACAGCUGCAGUCUGCGCAGGCCAUGGUAGCUGGGGCGUCUUCGAAGGGAUUCGCGAUGCCAUCAAUGAGCUUGAAGAACGUCCAGAGCACUGCUUGGAUCUUUCCUUCAUGCUAUCUCUCUUACACACUGGAUACGAUCUCCCGCUUAAUCGCCAAGUUAAAAUUGCGAAACAAAUCAACGGCAACGAACUUGGCUGGUGCUUGGGUGCCAGUUUACCUCUUCUGAACAAGGAAUCAGGCUGGCAAUGUCGCAUCAAACAGGUCGCAUAAAUUUCACCGUUAAUAGAUAUAGAUUUUGUUAUGUGGUUUAAUUAAUGACUUUUGCUCUUUUCUUGUCCCCCAACUCAACCCCGCCCCGCCCCAUAAUAGAGUAGUCAUAUAUAUAUGAUGCUAUAGUUGCUCACACUACUCGCUCAAUCUUCGUGACAUAAUGAAGAAGAACAUCCUUGUUUCCCUUCCUAUUGCCGUGUCAUGUUUCUCUCUUUGCUUGCUGGGAAAUGAAUUUAUGCCUGUUAAUUUUGUCGACUUACACACCCUGUUGCGAUACUCGGGUUGUUUGCUGGGCUUCAACCAUUCUUUUUUCCUUUAAUCCCACUUCCCGUUAGCCUUCGCUUUCUUUUUCUUUUUCUUUUUCUUUUUUUCCCUUACUUUUUUGUUUCGCCUCCCGUAUCUUUACACUUUGCAUGUAUAUUUACACAGAGUUUUGAUCACUUCGGAUAUCUGUUGGCUGUAUCUAUAUGGACAUAUAUGUAUACACCUAUACAUAUCCCUCUUUUGCCUUUUACAAGGUAACUAGAGGAAUUCUCCCUGCCGGACUAAUAAUUUAUGUAAUAUUUUAAUGUUCGAAAAUCCUCCUUGUUGCAUUUGUCAUUUGUUCCCCUGUGCCGGUAUCUAUGCCCCCUUAUCCCGCCUUCCCUGGUCGUUUUUAUUAAAAUAACAUUUUAUUGCCCC